CAGGACUUUUAGCUACCGGCAGACAGCUGGACAGAGAUCCUACACUACAUUCAAUCUUAGUCAUAGUUUAGUUAGUUUUAAACAUCCAUCGAGCCAUCAUGGCGUCUCUGUUUAAAAAGAAGACUGUCGACGAUAUCAUCAAAGAGCAGACUAAAGAGCUGAGAGGCACCCAGAGACAAAUCAGCAGAGACCGUGCUGCUUUGGAGAAACAGGAGAAGCAAAUGGAAAUGGAAAUUAAGAAAAUGGCCAAGGCUGGAAACAGAGAUGCCUGCAAGAUCCUGGCUAAGCAGCUGGUCCAGCUGAGGAAGCAAAAGAACCGAACCUAUGCUGUGAGCUCUAAAGUGACCUCAAUGUCCACACAGACCAAGGUCAUGAACUCUCAAAUGAAAAUGGCUGGAGCUAUGUCUAACACAGCCAAGACUAUGCAGACUGUCAAUAAAAAAAUGGAUCCAAAGAAGACUUUGCAGACGAUGCAGGACUUCCAGAAAGAAAACCUGAAAAUGGGGAUGACUGAAGAUAUGAUCAAUGACACACUGGAUGAAAUCUUUAGUGAGUCAGGUGAUGAAGAGGAAUCUCAGGACAUUGUGAACCAGGUACUGGAUGAAAUUGGGAUUGAAAUUUCGGGAAAGAUGGUGAGAGCCCCCUCAGCUGGUAAAAGUCUCCCCAGCGCAUCAAAGGGCAAAGCUGCUACUAUUUCCGAUGAGGACAUCGAGAGGCAGCUGAAGGCCCUGGGAAUGGAUUGAACUUCUUUACACUGUACACCUGUGCUCUCAGAGCCAAAGCAAAGGGCUUUAUACUAAAGCACAUACACACACACACAGGACUUUACUGGCUGUGGAUACAGAGGGCCACAGGGCUAGCUACUAAAUCAAUGAAGUAAAAAAGUAAUAAUCAUGCCGUUUAUAGGAUUUGCUGUACAUAUCUAAAGAACGCACGUGGUGUUGGGGGUGAAUAAAGGAAUGAUCUUGUGAUGGAUGUCUCAGAAUGAGGAGCACAUUGUCUUUUAUAAAACAAAAAGUAAUUUCUCUUUUAACAUAAUGAAUGACCAACCUUCUCUAAAUCAGUUGCGGCCCUAAAAUUUAAGGCUUUAAUCCAAUGACCUAGCCGCAUCACAUCAUUCUUUAAUAUGAUACAAAAUGGAGUUAUUAUAUCACAUUAGGUGAAAGACCACACCUGAAGCUUCAUCUUCAUAUUAGUUAAUUUCCUAUAAAUCCUCAUAUAUUUCUCCACUACCCAAGUUCACAGAGUUCUCCUUUUUUUUUUUUUACAGUUCUUCAAUCCCUCCUCGUCAUUUUGCUGAGAGCAUGGUUUGCACUCUGAAAGUAUGGUGUUAUAUGUUUUAAUGUAAAUAAUAUGAACUUUCUGGUAAAGUGUUUAUACAUGUGCUGUUUUGUACUUUUGCAGACACGAGACGCUCAUUUUCCAGUUCGUUUUUUCCCCCCGUAGGUUCUCUACCAUGAAUGGUGAAAGUAAGUUUAAGCUAAGGCUUUGUUCUCACAAUGAAAUGAAUGGCUUUGAGAUGCAUUUGGUAAGCAUUUGUCUUAUUCACUGAAAAAUCUUGCAUAAAGAUUUGUUGAAUGGUAUCAUGAUGAAAUGGUCUUUAUUACUGAAUUAAUUUUGAAAGCAAGUGAUACAUAGUCAUAAUUAACAUAAUAUAUACCGUCAUUUAGAUAUGACUGCUCUCGGAUAUACAAGUGAUCCUGUCAGCAGUCGUAACUCAAUUAGCUCUAUAGGUCUUUAAUUGGAUGCAGACACACAGGUGUUGAAGAAACACAAAACUGUAGUGUCAGCUUCAGUUAAUUAUGUGGUCUUGUAUUUAUUGAAGACAGUGUUUCAGGCGUCAUUAUCACAGCUUAGUCCACAUGUGCAGGCUAAUUAUGCUAAAGGUCUGUAACUGACCUGAGAAUUCCCCUGUCACGGUCGAAUUAAAGCCGUGUCUACAGAUAAGAGAAAGAAGCUGUGAAAAUUGCCAAGAAGGAAGUCAGUGCUACUAUUGUGGUUUUCAUGUUAAUGAGUCAAUACAUCAUUAGCUGAAAGACAUUUACAAGACAAAUCAUACUCUGUCUACUCAGUUGUACAACUUGAAUUGUAAAGUAUGCAAAUGUCAUUAAACUCUGGUGCAGUUUUAGUGCCAUUUAGAAAAGCAAUACAUCUA